AUGGCGUUAGGCCAAACAUACACCGCAUGCGAUCCUCUCAAAAAGUCUUGUCCACCGAAUAAGGCUCUGGGGAAAUCCAUUGAAGUUGAUUUGACUAAAGGACGUCCGGAAAACUGGGAUCUGUCAAAAGAUAUCAAGAAUGGGGAAAAUGGCGGUGUAUUAGCAAUUGAAAAAGAUGGGAUAAAAGCAGAGCUCAUAUCCAACUUCUAUAUAAUGUUUGGAAGAGUGGAUGUCACUAUGAGGACAUCACCGGGCCAAGGAGUUGUUAGCAGUGUUGUCCUGGAAUCUGAUUGCGGAGACGAAGUCGAUUUUGAGUGGAUUGGCCAUAGCGAGAGGAUAGUUUGGAAGAUUGAUGGAGCCACAAUUAGAGUUGCUACCGCGGCAGAAUCCGGCCAGAGCUAUCCACAAACACCGGCUCUUAUUCAGGUUGGUAACUGGGUGGGAGGUGAUCCUGAAAGAAAUCAACUGGAAACUAUUGAAUGGGCUGGAGGUAAAGUCGACUAUUCCGCAGCCCCUUUCGUUAUGUACGUUAAAUCCAUAAAAGUGGCCGAUUAUUCGACGGGAAGAAUGUAUGAGUAUGCCGAUCAAACGGGAAACUGGCAAUCUGUCAAAGCAGUAGAUGGGAAAAUAAACAACCAUGGCACAGAUAGAGACACAGAGACUUCUCCAUCUACCAUCACCGUACUGGAGACUUCUGCAGCCUCUGCGACAUCAUCGAAAAAUAAUUGCGGAUUGAAGGAAACUCGACGGACCUGGAUUACUCCCGGUGCUGAAUGUAGUAACGGAGCAUCAACAACCACCACGUCUACGGUGGGGCCAGCAUUGACAAAUGGCCUUCAUCCGAGCAGCAAGGCCGCCGCUGGUAGGAAUGGUACCGCCCAUAGUGUUGCCGCAAGCACGCCAAUCCCGAGCCACACCAGUCGUAAACCAAUCGCAGGGGAGAGGAGCGAGAUCCACGCUCAGAAUUAUAUAGGAAUAGGUUGUGUGUUAUUCAACGCUAUCAGGGUCCUGUUCUAA